CUGUCCUAGAAUAAGACUCUCACAUUCUCUUUUCUUUUAUUCAUGUUCUUUUGUUUAAUUAAAAAGCUAGUUCAACACUUUAUACUCUUAGUAUCACCAAUGUGCCUUAUUGUUUUCAUUUUGACGAAUAAUAAACAUAGACUGUAUGUGCACUCCAGUACAGUAGGUGGCGGUAUGCGCUCUUUUUCAAUUCACGGUUGCAACUCGCCAAAAAACAAAGAAUAAGUGAUGCGCACGGGGCGUGUAGGGCAUGCUGGAGGGAGCAUAUCAACCAUGGAUGCCAUUAUUUACUAAACUACUCAGAACUACGGGAAAUCAGUCGUGGGCUGUGAACGUUAACGGUAAGUAAGGGUGUUGAAUAUGAUUCGGAACAACUGUAUCCGGCUCGACAGUGUGAACCUCCGCAGGCUUACAGUUCACUUUCAUCGUAUCUGAACAACUUGGAUAAACGAGACGACCAUGAGCUGAACUGACACCCAGCGGUACUACUUUUUGCAUUAAAGUGAUUCAGCUGAAACACCUGGUAAAUUGAGUUUGUAUUUAGGAGCACAGACAGUCGGUUUAGUCGAAUUCAAAGCGAAUCUGUCAAGUAUUUACUGUCAAAACGUCAAAAUAUGAGUCCGAAUCUACUCAGUAGCUACCGAGAACAGGGAUCUACGCUGAAAAAUCUGAGUCCUUGAAAGUUAUCAAUCCUGGGCCAUGGUCACCAUGACCUGAGCCAAUCCUGCACAGUUAGAGAAACAAGUUGUUUAAUUCUUAUAAUUUUUGAUUGAAAACUCCUGAAUCAGGAAUAAAUGUUCACUGGAGCAGUGGUUUUCAACUGGUCUCAUUCUGGGACCCACAUUUUCCUAUGGUCCUCAAGUUGCGACCCACUUUUAUAAAAUUCAAACCAAGCAAAUUUAUCUUUUAUUUAAAAAAAUAUAUAAAAAAAAUUAAAGACUCUUAUCUUUAACAUAAAUUCACUUGUUUUAUUGAGCUCCUAUGAGAUUAAACCUAUGAUGCUGAUUUAAAAACAUCACAUCAUCAAACUGACUCACCUCUGACACAAGGAACCAAGCUAGGUUGGAGAAUAACAACAUGACAAGUAUCUCAUAACAGCUCACUGUUUUUUAAUUGUCUUCUUCUGAUCUUCCUCUCUCUCAUGUUGCAGAUUCAGUCAAGAAUGGCGGGUGCUAGGAGUAAAAAAGACUUUUCCUCCAAAUCAAAGACACACAAAGAAUUGUCUCAGAGCCCAAGUCCAACUAAAGAUUCAGAGAAAGGUCAAGUGUGCCUUGGACAUGCAUGGGGAAGAUGGAGUGACCUAAAAAGAAAACAUGGAUUUAAUUCUAGUGCAGAGAUGGCCUCUAGUCUUAUGGAUCUGUGAGUUUGGUUUAUUUUAUUUCAAGUGGCCAACAGUUUGAACAAUACGCUGUUUUUCUCUGACCUGUUUCAGCUUGUCCCACUAACUGUUCCUCACUUAAACAAUCAAGAUGGCAGUAACUGUCUGCACCAUCCUCUCCUCUGACAGUCUGAGAACCUGUUUCCACUUACAGUUUACCUUUUGUACUGACAGAAUAUGAAGUCAAAUGUUUCAAAUGUGAGUUUGUCAGCUCUAUAAAACUGCUGCUAACAAUUAAGGACCACUCAUGAGCAAAAAAAGUUAGGCAACAAUUCCUUCAAGCUUUGUUUCGUAAGUAUUGGUGAGGUUUGAGGUUAUUAUGGUAACUGAUAUGAGAAUGAUUUGAAGUUUUGCAGACGUAGCGCCAUCUGGUGGUGUGUAAAACUUACCGCAGCCACCUAGAUGAUGGUCUAAAACAGUGGUUCUCAAGUCCAGUCCUUGAGGCCCACUGUCCUGCAUGUUUUGGAUGUGUCCCUGCUCCAACACACCUGAUUCAAAUGAUCAGCUCGUUAUCAAGCCAUUACAGAGCUUGAUAAUGAGCUGAUUUGAAUCAGGUGUGUUGGAGCAGGGGAACAUCCAAAACAUGCAGGACAGUGGGCCUCGAGGACUGGACUUGAGAACCACUGGUCUAAAAUACUGUCACAUCUCCCUGAUAUCAUAUAAUCUGGGCUAAGAAAAGUCCAAAAAUGUCAUGCUUUUGGUCAGAUUAAUAGCAUUAAGACAUUAAAUCUCCAAGGAGGAGUUUAUUUUUAAUUUUUUUUAAAUUUAAGGAAUAGUGUGAAAUUCACAUGUAAUCAUAAAUGGUAACUUCCUUUAUGUGUGUUUGUCUGUGUGUGAAUGAAGCGCGGGGAGCCUGUUGUCAGAGCCAGCGACUUCUAAACCCAGUGAAAAAAAGAGGAUAUUCUCCAACUCUGAAGUAAGAACCUUUAGGAGAGCAUGUGUACUGGUGUAGCUCAAAACAUUAAAAUGUCCUCAAUAAAGUUCAUUUUUCCUCAAAAUUAUGAGUCGUGGAAGUUUCCCUUUUUUGUGAGGAAAAUUGAACUUUUUUGGGGACAUUCUGAUCUUUUCUGCUGCACAUGUAGUUGUUCGUUUUUCAACGUGCAUGUGCUCAUUUAAACUGGCAUCUGUAGUUUUUGAAUACAGCUGUACCUUAUGCCUGCAUGUAAAGUCUUUUGUUAUGUGUGUGUCCAGGUACAGACACUGAUUGAGCAGGAGGUUCAAAACGCAGUGAUGAAAAAAGAAAACAAGCUCCAGGGUUUGAUGGAGAGUAUUUUUCAGCUGGAUAGUGAAGUUGACUAUGAAGGUUCCCUCAAGAAGCUGGAGGUCAGUAAGACGACACAGUUACUGUUUACAUUUCUACUUAAAUCCUUUAAUCAACAUGGACUUGACAGUAAUUUCCUUUUUCAUCUAUAUCAACUUUUCACUGCCUAUUAUUUCUUUUCUUUCACAUCCUAACCUAUUGUGUUUUUUAACCCUUCCUUGGCAUCUGCUGGUUAAUUUAUAAAGCAUCGAUUCCCUGUUGCGUUGCGUCGCUUCUUCUUUAAACAACACAUUGAGGUUUUGAGGACAUAGGAGAAAUGGUUCCAUAUUUCUGAAAGUGAAUUGUUGUCCCAUUCUUGUGAGACACAAGAUUUCAGCAGUCCAACAGUUGAGGGUCUCCUCAGCUGUACUCUCUGUUUUAUGAUGUGUCGAACGAUUGGCCAGUUCAGCACCCAGACUCUUUUGCUACAGCGCCAUGCUGUUGCACAAUGUAGUUUGGCAUCUUCAUGCUGUAUUUUGCAAGGUCUUCUCUGGGCUUUGAACUGUGCUUUGAUAACAGGUCAGGUGGUCCAAACUCGUGUCCUGACCCUCUUUACAGCAAGACAAAAGGGGUCCAUGAUUUCCAAAAGUAAUGCCAAAGUUUAUUCCUCUUGACACUUCACCUCAGGCUGUCUUAAAUAGGCCCUGACUCAACUCUUCUUGAUCAUGUUUAAAUACAUGGUUUCCUCUUUGCAUGGUGCAGUUUAAACCUGCAUUUGCAGAUGUAGUAACAAAUGUCUUUUUGUCCCUUUCUUCAUUUUGCUGAUAUUUUCUCAUCUUUCUGCAACUAACAGAACCGAGUGACUCGUAUGCAAAUUUCAUAAAGACCUUUAUGCGCUUCCCUCCCUCAGGCUAAGAUGAACAAGUUGACCAAGAGGGCAGAAGCCGCUUUUGCCUACAUGUCGGGGGCAGAGACAAAGGUUAAAACUCGCACACAAAGACACACACACACACACACCCAAGAGUGCAUGUACUGAGAUUUGAAAACAAAUAUUGAAAGCAAAGUAUCAGGACAAAUGAACAAAUUUGUUUGUGUUCCAGGAAACGCUGCAGUUUAACAAUAACAUGAGAAACAUCAGGUAUGUGGAGCCGGGUUCAGAAGUUAAUCAACUUUAUGCAAAUCCUAUCAAACUCUGUCUCCGAUUUAUUUGCAUUUGAUUAUUUGUGCAGCUAUCUUAAUUUGAUGUCCAACUCUGUAGGUCAUGCUCUGAGGGUGAUACCAUGGAAACCGAGCCACACGGUAAGAACACGGUGCACUGAUUAUAUGUGUGUGGAUGAACAUUUGCAUAUGUGGUUAGUACGACAAUUAAAAGUCUCUGAAUUCAAUGUUUUUCCUCAGUAAACGGAACAAGCUCCAACUGCACUGCUGGGGAAGGAAAUUGUCAAAAAAUGAUGGUAGAUAUUUAUUUAUUCAUUUUUUAAAUAUAUUGUUUUAAUUAAAAUCACACUUUUAUUUGGAAUGAUACUUAAAGUUCCUGUAAGGAAUUUUAGGUUUGGCUCAGUUUGGCACCCAUUAAUUAUCUUGUCCUCCAUAUGCACACGUAUCCCUCCGACUUAUAACAGUCAAAUGUGCCAUUAUUCUGCUUUUUUAAUGAGUGAAAUGUGAAAUAAGAUUUUUUUUUAAGUUGCUUUGUUGACACCAACCCCUUCAUAACAGUUUUUGGCAUUAAAAAUUGUAGUAUAAGAACACUCAGUCUUGCCACUGAUGUCUUUGUUUGCUUUUAUGUACCUUAGCAGCACUACUGUUUUGUCAUGGUAAAGAUGUAGCACUUCAAGAGGGAAAUACUUUGAAAAAGGUCAUAAGUAUUAAAAAAAUGGUUGUAAUGCUAUAGGGAAGAAGACUGGGGCCACUAAAAAGAAAAAAGAUUUUAAAAAAUGCAGCUAAUUUUUUUCUCUAAAUUCAGAGAUUAAAGUCAGAGUUCUGAGAAAAAAGUCAGACAUAUGAAAAUUGCUGUCUUCUAAGUUCAUUGGUCACCCUUCUUCUCUUUCGUGUUAAGAAUGAACUUAACAUCUUGCGUAUGUUUUCUUCUAAACCAUCCAAUUUUCAAGAUUUAAUCCAUUCUGACAGUUUAAUCUGAUUGAAUUGCUACUGGUGAAGGAAAAAAAUCGAUACAGCAUAGUAUCGCAAUAUUUUGUCUGGUGAUAUAUCAUAUUGUCUCAUUUACCAAGUAUCGAUUUUUCAAAUGAAUUGCUAAUAUGAAGUCAAAUCUAUGGUAAUGGAAAAAUAAAAUCAACUGUUUUUUCGGUGAGGUUGGCAGAGGUGACAUCAUAGAGCAGGAGGAAGUUAGUGCGACAAAUGUAUAUAAGGUUUGCAAGAUGUGCUACAUGAAAAUAAAAUACAGCGUAAAUAAGACAAACAUAAGAAAAGACAAAUUCUAAAUUAGCAAAAGAAUUUAAACAGCUGGAAAAAUUGUAUAUCGCAAUAUAUUGCAUCGCAAUACUCACUGUAUUGCAAAAUGUAAAAAAUUGCAAUAAGACUGUAUUGUGGCUCAAGUAUCGUGAUAAUAUGAUAAUAUCGUGUCGUGGGUCCACUGUUGAUUCCCACCCCUGGGCAUAGUAGGGAGAAAACAGGUGGCAAAGACUCUUAAAUUGUGCUUGGUUCCCCCUGCAAAGAAAUGCUAUCAUAUAAUCAAGUGUUAAUGUUGUUUAAAAAAUAUACAUAGGAAAUGUAAAUACAGUUUUGUAAUUUACAGUAGUUUUAACAUUGUGAACACCAAAGUUAAAGCUUAUCUGUUCUUUCUGUGUAGGAAAAUGCUAAAAAGGCACUGGAGAAGAUACACACUGAAAAGGAAGGUAAGAUGAUUUCAACUGCACACGUGGCUCGAGUUUUAAACUGUGUUAAAUGUCUGCUAGAUGCGGCUUCUUUUAUCGUUUCGGCAUGCAGUGAGACACACUGACACCAUAAGCUGUUAUAAUGACCCACAUUAGAUAAUAAGAGUCAGUCAGAAGCUGAAUAAAUAACCACUUCUCGAUUUUUUUACUCCUUCCUGUCCCUUCCUCUGUUACUCGUCAUUGUGGAUAAUCUGUGUUAAGCUUUGACGGCUGCCAUGGCAGAUUUAAGUGAAGAGCUGCCUCCUCCUGUUCUUACUCCUUAUGAAUCCUUUCCAUGUGAGGUAAGAUGCUUAGAAAAUUCUUCAUACUUCAUUUUAAAUUCUGCAUAGCCUCUGUGAGUUUAUUCCCAUCGUUUAUGUUGUUGUUUUUUGGCGUUAAGGACUCCUGUCUUUUUUUAAAAAAUCAUGAUAGUUUGUUAAGAAAGAGCCAGAAGAGAACUAUAAUGAAGAAUGGACGCAGGCCGAGGAGCAGAAAGCUAGGUCUGUGAAAAUGGAACAAACACACUCGGAGCAGGUAACUCAUGCAAACCCACAGAGAAUAUUGACGUCACUGUUUUCUACCAACACUAACUCAUCUUUACCAAAACUCCAAGGACAAGCAGUACCCGCCUCUACCUGCCAUCCCCUUCCCCUCCAUCCUGGAUGCGAGAGCAGCCUCAUACAACAUCCCCCAGAAGGUCCAAGUGCGGCUGGCCCUCAUCAGGAAACCUCCUGGUCUCUCUGUGCUCUGGAACGUGGAGACGGAGGAUCUAUGUGCGCCGCCCAUGGAUAAUUACAGGUAAGAGUAAGGGUGAGUCAUACAAGCUAGCAUUUGAAACGUUUAUUACUCAAAAUAAAAGGAUCCCCGGCAACUCAUUUUGUUCAGGUUGUUUAAACAACAACAAAGAAUAUUGAAAAGUUUGUGAGCUGCAACUAAAAUUAGAGGAUUACACUUGUUUUUUUCACCUUUUCUUUCAUCAGUCUGGAACACCUAUGAAGCAGCUCUGAUUUGCAAGUUGAAGCUCCAUUUAGCCUCUGUUUGAUUCGCUUUGUCUAAGCUGCUUGUCCAGUGAGACCCAGCUUGUGGGUGUUACUUUUCACACAGCUCUAUGGUCACAGAAUGACCCAGAAGUUGUGCUUUUACAAAAAACAUCCAAGGCCAGCUGUAACUGCAGACUCAGUUCCCCAUACAGCUAUGUUAGCAUGAGUUAUCCAUUAUUCAAUGCUGCUAUUUUGACAUGAAGUGGAGAAAGGAUGGAUAAUUGAGAGUGACUCAACCUCUUUUUAUUGUUUAAGGCAGUGGUUCUCUAUCCAGUCCUCGAGCCCCCACUGUCCUGCAUGUUUUAGAUGUUUCCCUGCUCCAACACACCUGAUUCAAAUGAUCAGCUCGUUAUGUAGCCAUUACAGAGCUUGAUAACGAGCUGAUCAUUUGAAUCAGGUGUGUUCAAGGUCUGCCCUCUUCUGAUUGCACUUUCCUUUUUCUUGAUUUAAUUUCCGCCUAAGUGAAAUGAAAUGUCAAAAAUAUCUGAAUAAAUCCUGUUGCCUUAUUGACCUAAUAAAAUUAAAACACCUUAUUCCGUCAGAAACUCUGGGAGUUCUUGGUAUUUUCUGAUCGGAACAAUUUAUUUUUGAUGUACAAAUUGUUUCAAAGCUAAUAGAGUUACAUGAACUGAAUUGGUUCGCUUCAUCAAAGCCCCAAAUGUUGCCGCCAUCUGAGGCCAGCAGAGCGCCAGAUGCCGACAACAUCUGGUUCUUAUAAAUUAGUUCUGCAUGUUGUCAUCACUGCUCUGCGUCUGAGACAAGCAGCCUGCUUGAAUUCCGGAGCGAAACCUUCCCACCACUCUACCUCUGUUCAUGAACGUCACCACCAGAUGGAGGCAGAGUUCAGCGGUUGAGCGUGCUGAUUUGUCCUCGCUCUUUCCGCAGAAUCUUCACCACUAUGGAGAAAGUAAAAGGCAGCAACGUCUUCUCUGACUGGACCAGCCUAGGGGAGGUGAAAGCCUGCCGUCUGCCCAUGUGUGUGCUCAUCACCAAGUAUAAGCCAGGACACAAGUUGUGUGUAGCUGUGGUGGGUGAGGACAAGUUUGGCAGGUCUGGACCCUACAGUGAAAUUGUAUCUGCCACCUUAUGUGACUGACCGGGAGGAGUGAAAGAGGAGGUGACACAAGCAUCAUCAGAUUCAAUUAACCCUCACAAACUUUCAAACUACAACUUUUCUUGAACUGAAUCACCAAAGAAUAACUUUUUGAGUUGAAGACUACAUGGAGAUAUUUUGGAGGACAGUUUGAAAUAUCUAGACUUUGAUAUUUUAAAAGUAAGCAGAAUGGAAAUAGGCCAAAUGUUACCCAAAGCCUCACUACCUCUGGUGCCUUGUAGUAUUAUGUAAAUAACCUUUUGUUUGUCAUUCAUGCACAUUGUUCGUACUACUGUUUUUUUAUGUCUACAAUUUACCCAAAGACUGUUUUUAUGACAAAAUAAUAAUAAAAAAAGAUUAUCUAAAUUCA